UUUUCAUAUGUGUUGUUAGAAGUAAACGAAAAAGUGAAUAAAAAGCAAAAACUUGUUUUUACAAUUUUGUUUUAAGCUGCCUUUGUAAAGCAAGAAACGUUAAAAAUAAACCAAAUUGAAAAAUGAAAUUAUUACGAAGACUUCAAUUGCUUGCUGCAUUAACAUUAUCUUUAGUAUUAUUUUUGUCCGCACCCGCGCCAGCUAAUGCUUUAGUGGACGAUGCCUUGGACGUAUUUCAUAUAGUUAAAGAAGUAACAUUGACUGUUUUGAAAGCUUGGAAUAUAGUGCAAGAAUCGCCUGGUAUUCAAAAUUUAGAUUUUCCCUUAGCUAGAGAGAAGCAACGAAAGGUUUUAAUCCGUCUUAAGGAAGUUAGUAAACAAAUCGCACAAAUCGAAGACCAGCAUGCCGAACAAAUUGCCGUGGCAGUGGAUUCAGUUAAUAAUUACGUUGAAAGUUAUUUGAAAUUGUUAGGCAGACGUACUGAAAUGGCUGACAUUAUUAAUCGAAUAUCGUCACGAUUUCAACAAAUGCAAAAAUACGAAGCUUACCAGGAGAAAUUGGAAGCAUCAACAUUAUUGGAUUUUGCAAAGUGGACAGUAUCGCCAAACGCAUAUUCAGUACAUCAUCUAAUGGAACGUUUAUCAUUGAUAAUGUUUGGGGCCGAAGACAAAAUCACUUCGAGUAAUAUGUUUGAUUUAUUAAUACAAAGCUAUGAGGCCUCAAAAGAAGAACGUUGCCAUGAUCAACAAUCAACCCAGCAGUUUUUGUAUUCCUUGUAUUCGGACAUAGCUUUGACUGAACUGAAGGGUUAUACAAUGAUGGAAUUUUCUUGGAUGAUGUUACGUAUUUAUGGUAAAGGUAACUUCACUCAAGAAUCCGAACUUAUGCGCGAGGGUUACCAUCAACGUACGGAAAGAACCGUACGUUUGUUGCGUGAGGUAAUGAAUCGUGCUGAUCGUAUCGUUUGGCGUUGUGACCCUCAAAUGUACAAGUUGGGCCAAACGUACGAGGAAGUGACCCGUUUGAUUCAAGGUUAUAUUGAGAAUGAAGUUGACAUGAAUCACAACAGGGAAUGUUGGCGUACAUGUGAAGACUAUGAAUAUUCUAAAAGUGAAGGUUGCUUUAAGGACAAAUUUUGUGCACGUCAAGAACGUUGCACCGGUCAUAUACAUAAUUGUCGUUAUGUUGAUUCGGACAUGUUUAUAUGUCAAUCGGGUCGGGGUAAUGUAAGACGUUAUGAGUACGUUCAAUAUGAAAAUGGUAUAACAUUCGGUGAAGAAACCAAAUGUACACGUGGUACGACCCAAGUCGAUUCAUGGUGGCGGUAUUUGUUUUGGCAUUGUACCUAUUGUUUUUGCUAUUGCGAUGAUAUCUAUAGUACAAAAACUGAUCGAUACUUUAACUUACGCGAAACUUUAUCUGACGUAGCGGCCAACAAGGUAGUGACAGGCUUACGGUUUACGAAACAAAAUCGAGUAUUUCAUUUGCAAAUACAAGAAGGCGAGCUCUCGCCACGAGGCGUUAUCAAUAAAACUUCGUUAGCAUGGAAACCGGUAGAGAAUUAUACACUCUAUGAGAAAGGUGUUCAUAACAAUCGUGAUUAUUAUACUCUAAGUUAUGGGGCACGUUCCAUUGAUUUAGAUGACAUUCUAACUGACGACCAUACGUUUGUAGUAACUGGCGUACGUUUUCGAGUGAUGGGAGCGCAUUUAAAUUUGGAAGCACGCUUAACGGAAUUUAAUUUCGAAACCGGGAAACUGGUACGACCCGAGAGCAAUAGUUUUUGGAAAUCAAACGAUAACACGGAUGUUAGUGGAGAUCGAAGAGCUAAAAUCGUUUUGAAUGAACCUGAUAUGCCGACACGUACAAAGGCUAAAUCGAUUCCCGACUCGCGGCAUAAUCAAUAUAUUGAAUUUGGCCCAUCCAGCAUGCGUAAAGAUGCCGGACAAUCGACGGUGCCUUUCAUUGAUACACAAGAUGUGGUUUCAUAUCCAUCGGUACCUUUGGCGGGUAUUGGAAUUUAUCAUAAAGGACGACCCGGCUAUGGAGGUUUUUUAGCUCCUAAAUUAUUGACUUAUGAUUUUACUCCACAUAUUCAACCACCCCGUAGUCUUUAAAAAUUUAUAUCCCAAUCCUCGUUAGGAAACCACUUCAUUAUAAUGUAUUGUAGUUUAUAGUGAUAGCCGUCAGAAAAUAUUUCUGGUUGAAAAUUAUAUGAAAAUGCUUAAGCGGCCUUUAAUGGCCAGUAUUCGUUUGCUGAAAUCUAAGCCAUCGCAGAUAGACAUGUAAAAAUAAAUUAAUUAUUAAAUAUACCAAGAAUAUAUUGUAAGGAACAAUAUGAAAUAUAAAAA